CAUCCGAGUUCCAUAUGUUUGCCCCCCCCCGGGUGUUGGAUGCAAGAAUGGUCCCUGCCCGGCCGAAACCGGCUGGGACAUCGGGUCCCCGUGUUUAUCCCCCAGAUUCAGAUCACCCCAGCUUUUCUUGUUGGAGGAAUUGCAAACGCCAAGCAAAGGAUUGGAUGACCUCUGCAUGGCCCGCCAAGGAGGUGAAGGGGCAUGGCCAUCAUGAAAAAAGAAGGGGAAAUGGAAAGACGAAUUGUAUUGUUCAGUCUUUUGUGCCUUACCUGCGCGGGUGGAUGGGGUUCCCCUCGGGAGUGCGCCCGGGAUAAACCUGGCGCUGUGGCUCAGCGCUGAGUUAUUUAUCGUUGUCCCACGGCGGGCGACUCGCAUCAGAUAGGGCGCCAUGUUUCUGAUAUGACGUUUGCGCUUCGAAUCGAAUAUCGAACAACAAGACCCGGGGAUAGCGGAGAUGGCGCGGACGCCCGGUUCUGGGCGGUUUUUCUGGCGUGGUUGAACGAAUUAUCCCACAAAACCUGUCACCAGCAUCCGUCCCGUUGGGCGCCAGAAGCAAUUUCGUCCUUGGUUCGAUUCCGGGGGGUCGGUCAAACGAUCAGUUGGUUCGGUCUGGUCUGGUGGUCUGCUGUCUGUCGCCGGUCGCCGGUGUGAGAACCUCUUUCUUGCAAAGAGAAAAAACCGAAACCUCUCCUCCUCGUGGUCACACCUUUAUUGUCUCUCUUCUGCGGGAGGCGCGGCUCCGAAAAUGGAGCCCUCGGGCGGUGUAAUAAGAGAAGGCCACGAUUGUCUGGGUCGCUUCGUUUCCGUAUUAGGACCGGGUUGGCCGGCGGGUGCAGCUUAAGACCAGAUGAGAAUAGUAGCAGCAAGAAGAGAUGUGGCUGUCUCGAAAAAGGCCGCAGGGCAACCGAAUAUUUCUUUGACAUCGUUGCGUUGCGCCUUCCCUCGAACUUUCACGAUAUGGCCAAGGUGGGGGUUAGAAGACAGAAUUGUGCGACACAACCUUCUCUUAUCGCAGGCAAAAACCUGAGACAUUCAAGCCUAGGCCCUGCUCCUUCAUGUCUAUCCAUCUCCAUAACCUCAUGAGCCCCAAUGCCCGAAAGUUUACGUAUACCAAUAACCACACGACACCCUCACCUCCAGCGCUCAUAUCCAGUGAGUGUAACCGCGGGGUAUUAGUGUAGCUCUAUCACCACGUUCCAGACCUCCUCCCCCAAUUCCCGACCCUUUCACUCGCACAACGCCCCCCCUCCUAAAUUGAUUGCAUGACCCCAUCUCACCUGAUAAACCCUCAACAACAACAUGGGAUGACCACCCGAUGGCUACCUUCGGUUGAAGGUCAGCCCAACUGUCCAUAAAGGUACCCCGUAUCGCACUGUGUCUUAUCUUAUCGAUACCAACCCCAACCCUUCCAAAAUCCAGCUCACAAUCCCUGGGCCGUGCACCCCCGAUCCAAUCCAAACCCAUCCUCCAAGCUCCAAACUUCGCGAUCCAUUGCCGAGUCCCCCGACGACGACGACAACGACCACCACCACCACCACCCCCAUUCCCGACCAACCAUACACCAGGUCCCAUAACCCGGGAACUGGUCAAAAAUAAGUUAAAAUGGCCAAGAAGGCAAAAUCCCGUGUUAUUAUCGUCCGCCUCCUCUCCAUGGCGCAAACGGGCUACUUUUAUACCUUCACCCGCCCCCGUGUCGGAAUCCCAAUGAGCAUGAUCAAGUACGAUCCGAUUGUGAGGAGGAGAGUCCUGUUCCUAGAACAAAAACGAAAGGGGAAAUAAACCAAACCAUCUAAACCGAAUGAGCAAAAAAGCAAAAAAGGCCCGGGGAAAAAAUGGCUGGGAACGAGGAUCAAGACCGAACCCAAUACACCAUCAUAUACGGCAGAACAAAAAUGGGGAAAUGGACGGCUCAAAGAUGAUGACAGAAGAAGGAGGUUUGGGGGAAAGAGCUGGGCCUUUUUGUGUACGAUACCACCGAAAUUCUGCGCCAUUGUACAUUAUCAAUCCAAAAAACAAGGAGAAAAAAAACACCACAUAGCAUAACCGGCGCUUAUUGGUUUGGGAGAGAGACUGCGUCAAAUAGAGGAACGAGUCAAUCUACCCAUCUUCCCUAAUGAUACCAUAGUUCAAGUAUCAUUUGG